AUGCAGCUGAGAGCGGUUGCAGAAGCGCACGAGGCGCGACGAGCGGAGGAGCGGGCCGCACGAGAGCAGGAAGCACUGUCAGAGCAAGUAGAAGCGCAACGUCAAGAGCUCGCGCACUUUGAAGCGCGACUAAGACAAGAACGAGAGGAACUGGCAUUGCAGCACGCGCGGCAGGAUCAAUCAUUUCAUGAGAGGGAUCAGAGUCUCUUCCGACGAAAGCAGGAGGUCGCGAGCGAACAGGAUCUCCAGCAACAGAGACAAGUGGCGCUCAGCGAACAAGUGAAAGCUGCAAAAAACGCGCACAGCGCUCGCGAAGCAGAAGAGCGGAUCAACAAUGACGCACGACGCAUCGGCGAGCAGCAGGCAAACGCUGGGCGAGCGUGGCAGCAAGUGCAAUUCAACGCAGCUAAGGUCGAGAAGCGCGUACGGAAAGCCGAAGAUAAGGGCUAUGCGCGAGCGACGAGGGAAGCAGCUGCACGUGCAGCGGUAGCGACUUUGAGUUAA